GCUAAGAUUCAUCGGGGGAUUCCAUUAGUAAAUAUGCAUUGAGGUUCCUUAGAAGGACAAGAAAUUUUUCCUUCUUUGCUUCAAUGCCUAGGUUUUGAUUCACUCGUCCAAAUCAGAGCUUGAAAAUCUCUCUCUCUCCUUCACUCUCGUUGAGCUUUUGUCCUGAAAAUCCAACCCAAGAUUAUCGGAUGGAGAAACCAGCGUGCAGGUGUUGCUACGACCCGUGCAAGGUCAUGUCCCUUGUCACGCUGCUGUGCUUCACGUUCCUCUGCUUGGACUACAUCACCUUCAAUGGCAAGAGCGAUGGCUUCUCCUUCAAAUUCAACUCCCAUGGGCGUCUGACCUCCGCCGAGAGGAAGCGAAACGGGACGCAGGGCCCCGGUUCUCUCCAACUCACGGGGAACAUCGAUGAUCGCCGGACUAGUGCCGAGAGCGACGUCGGCAGAGCAAGAACCGCGGGUUCGGAUAAGCCUGAUGAGGGUCAAAAGAGCCUGAACGAUGCUAACGAAUCAGAUGCGCAGUCAGCAUCAAGGAGUGAUCAAGGACCUGCAGAGGAUGUUACUCUCCAGGUCCUAGGCGAAAGUGAUCGAGAUACGGCGCGCCUGAAUCAGGAGAGCGCAGACCCAUGCUCGGGCCGGUACAUCUACGUUCACAACCUCCCGAGUAGAUUCAACGACGACAUACUGAAGAACUGCACGUCCCUCAUCAAGUGGUUCGACAUGUGCCCGUCAGUGGUCAACGAAGGUCUAGGCCCCCAAAUCCAUGAUCCUCGAGGAGUCCUUUCUCACGGAAACUGGUUCGCGACCAAUCAGUUCUUGCUAGAGGCAAUAUUCCGCAACAGGAUGAGGCAGUACGAGUGCUUAACCAACGACUCCUCGCUGGCCUCGGCGGUUUUCGUCCCCUUUUACGCCGGGCUCGACGUGGGCCGCCACCUAUGGAAUUUCAGCACGUCGGUUAGGGACUCUCUUGCACGAGAUUUCGCUAAUUGGCUCGCAGAUAGACCGGAGUGGAAGAAAAUGUGGGGGAGGGAUCAUUUCCUAAUCGGAGGAAGGAUCUCUUGGGAUUUCAGGAGACCAACCAACGACGUUUCUGACUGGGGAAACAAUCUUAUGUUUCUGCCCGAAUCCAACAACAUGACAAUGCUAUCUAUCGAGUCAAGUUCUUGGAACAAUGACGUAGCCAUACCAUAUCCCACAUAUUUUCAUCCCUCAAGCGAGACUGAGGUCCUUGAAUGGCAAAACAAAGUGCGAACACAUGAGAGGCCGCACCUGUUUUCGUUCGCCGGGGCCCCAAGACCAAGCCUGGAAGAUUCUAUCCGAAGUGAGCUCAUUAACCAAUGCCAAGCAUCUAAUGGGGCGUGCGCGUUGCUAAACUGUGGCGAUGGCUGGAACAAGUGCAAUGACCCAGUUGAAGUGAUGAAUGUCUUCGAGAGUUCAGUUUUCUGCUUGCAGCCGCAGGGGGAUUCCUACACUAGGAGAUCAACUUUUGACUCGAUACUGGCGGGGUGCAUUCCGGUUUUCUUCCACCCUGGAUCGGCAUACGUGCAAUACAUUUGGCAUUUACCAAAGAAUUAUUCCAAGUAUUCGGUUUUCAUACCCGAAGACAAGGUGAAACAUGGAGACAUCAACAUCAAACAAGUAUUGAGUAGGAUUUCCAGUGAUGCAGUACUCAGCAUGAGAGAGGAGGUCGUACGGUUGAUUCCCAGGAUUGUAUAUGCAGAUCCAAGGUCCAGAGAUCAUGCGUUCCAGGAUGCCUUCGAUACUGCCGUAAAAGGAGUUUUGGAAAGAAUAGAGAGCAUCAGGAGAAGAAUUUCCAAUGGCAUGGAUCCUAGUCGUGGUUUUUCAGAUCAGAACGGUACAAAGUUUAACAUGCCCGUGACGGCCUAGGAAAAACAGCAGGAUCUUUCGGAUUAUUAAAAACCAAGAAACAUUCUAGACGGACAGAAACUGAAUUUGAGAUUUUUUGUCAGUUUUAAGCUUAUGCAGAUGAUUUCUUCAAGAGUAUCUUCUCUCUUCGUCCAGGAUUAGAUUUCUCUGAUCUCUACCCACCGCAUUAAGGAUGAAAUUUUUGUAAAGUAGAAGAGAUUCUGCAAAUCGAGAAUGUACUCAAAUCUGUUAAGCUUGAAUCAGAUGUUGAUUAGGGCAGGUAAAGUUUUGUUUGCAUCUCGAAAUAUUUUUGUUUUGUUCAUGUGUUGAUUUAGCUGGGCAAAAAAAGACCACAUGUUGUUUAGUCACAUUGAUCACCUUAACUCUCGAUUCAUCACAAGAGGAGAGGCUCAUUUCACAGUA